AUCACAGCCAAUCGUAGCCUCCAUGAUCCCUUCUGGUCAGAGCGCGCUCCUCGUGCCGCACACGCGCCGAACAAUGCCAAUGAUCGCUCCCAUCUGCGCCCUCCGCCUGUGCGCUGAAAGAAACCACGAGGGCAUGCCGCUUUGUGGCAACGAUAUGCGCCGAUAACACUCCCUAUGUAGUCUGGCCCCGAAUGCAAAGACCUAUAUCACCCUGCGCCAUGUCGCGUGCUGGUGACCGCCGCCGUCUUCAUCGCUCCCCUCUUCCUGGACGUGUCCCAACCUGCCAUCACCAUGGCUAGCAAAGACGUCGCCGUGGACGCCCGCCAAGGCCGCGGUUCUGAUGCCUCGAGCAGCGAAAAGCACACCACUUCCCUCGACGGCCCCAACCUCUACCACGACAUCCUCGCCAAUGCCGGCGACUACGAUGGCAAGCCCACAGAGGAGGAGCUCAAGACGCUGCGUCGCGUCCCGGGAAAGAUGCCUGCUGUGGCCUACCUGAUCUGUUUCGUGGAAUUCUGCGAGCGUGCCUCAUACUAUGGUGUACAGCAACUCAUUGGCAACUAUGUCAAUCGACCUCUGCCUGCAGGCGGUAACGGCUAUGGCGCUCCCCCACGAGGCACUCAAGAGACUGCCGGUGCCCUCGGUCUCGGAACGCAAAAGGCGAACGCCGUGUCGCAGUCCUUCUCCAUGUUGGUCUACGUUCUGCCCAUCCUAUUCGGUUGGCUCGCAGAUACCAGAAUUGGACGUUUCCAGCUCAUCUGCUACGGUGUCAUCGUUUUCGGUGUGGCCCACGUGCUCAUGGUCGCUUCUGCUGCCCCCUCACUCCUGAAGGACGGAAGCGCCGUGACUCCGUACCUGCUCUCUCUGUACAUUCUGGCUGUUGGCGCUGCCAUGUUCAAGCCCAAUGUAUCCCCUCUGCUUCUGGAUCAGAUGACUACGAGAGUGCCAGUGGUGAUCACGACCAAAAAGGGCGAACGAGUGAUUGAAGAUCCCGAGGCGACGACCGAGAGAGCGAUGCUGUGGUUCUACCUGCUCAUCAACAUUGGAGGCUUCAUGGGUGUGGCGACCACCUACUCCGAGAAGUACGUGGGCUGGUGGCUGGCUUUCUUGCUCCCACUCCUGCUCUACCUUCCUCUGCCACUUCUUCUGUGGUUCCUGAAGCCCCGUCUCGUUUUGCACCCACCGGGAGGUAGCGACCUCGGCCGUUCCAUGAAGGUUCUUGGUGUGUGUCUCCGCCGCGGCGGCAUCAUGAAGAUUGGACGCCAUGGCUUCUGGGAUCUCGCCAAGCCAUCCCACAUUGCUGCAGCGGGCCUGAACAUCCAGACGAACUGGAACGACCAAUUCGUCGAGGACGUCAAGCGUGCCUUUCAAGCUACGGGAAUGUUCUGCUUCUUUCCCAUCCAAUACAUCAACGACAACGGUCUCGGUGGAGCUGCUGGCUAUUUGUCGACUAUGCUGACGACCAAUGGUGUGCCCAACGAUGUCAUUCAGAACUUUAACAGUCUGAGUAUCAUCGUCACUGUACCCAUCGUCAACUAUGGAUUGUACCCACUCCUCCGAAAGCUCAACGUCUACUACGGUCCCGUGGCGCGUAUCAGUACUGGUCUGAUGAUGUCUGCUGUGGGUGGUGCCGGCUACACGAUUCUCAACUACUAUGCGUAUAAGCAGUCUCCUUGCGGCAACUAUGGCUCCAGUGAUUGCACCGUGGGUACCGGUGUCGCACCCAUUACUGUCUGGUGGAUGGCCAUUCCCUACGGACUGGGUGGUAUCUCCGAGAUCUUCGUCAACGUUCCAGCAUAUGGUAUUGCCUACUCUCGUGCUCCCGCCAACAUGAGAGGUCUGGUCUCGGCUAUCAACCUCCUGAACACCGGCUUCGCGUACGCCAUCGGUCUUGCCUGCACGUCUAUCAUCACCGACCCUUACUUGACAUGGGAUUUCGGCGGACCAGCCAUUGUUGGUGCGGUUGUGGCCGUUCUGUUCUACAUCCUCUUCCGCCACAUCGAUAAGGAAGAGUAUACUCUCAACGACUCCGCGGAGAACACCGACAUUCACCACACUUUGGAAGGCACCAACGUUAACGAAUACCGCUCGAACUCGAUCAACGCGACUACGAACGAGGCGUCUGCUAUUGAGAAGAACGAGGCCAUGUUGAUGUCGCCAAAGCAGUAACAUAGAAUCAUAUAUAGAGCCAUAUAGAGCCAGAUUACGACAAACAUAAUUGAAGACAACAACCUCUUUCGUC